AUGGCGCCCGAACGGCUGCGCUGCCAGCAGGGCGAGUGGAAGACUCGCGACCAAUUUUCCAAUCGGCAGCUCUCCAAGUAUGACCGAAACGAAAAGGCGACGCCGUCCAAGACUGGAAUCCGCUGCGUUGAGCACUCCGGCGGGCCCGUGAAUGAACUGACCUGCAAGGGCCCUUGCGGUCUUAAAAGAGACAGGCGCUUCUUCAGCAAGCGCACUAUCCAGCAUGAUACUUUUUGGUGCGUCCAUUGUACGGAGUGGAAGCUCCGAACGGAGACCGGAGAGUCGCUGCCGGCGCCGGGCGCCCAGCUGUCGAUCGAGGAAGUCAGGCCUCCGUCGGGAAACAAUCCGACGUUUGACAACUAUGACGCGGGCCUGGACGGCGUUGAGUCCACUGUUGGGACCGAGGAUACUUGCUCGGUGGUUAUGUCGGCGGCGGAGCCCAGCGAAAGCAUCCUGGAGACGGAGCCGAUCCAAUACGGCAACUGGUCGGACGGCUUGAUUCCCCAGCACCUUGCACAGGUGCAGACGAGACCGCCACACUGGCUAAUUCCCGUUUCGGACGGACCGCUGACGGGAUGCCUGCAGUUGGAGACCUCGACAGUCGACAACACUUCGGUUGCUGGAAGCGACAUGACUUCGACUCAAGGCGGAGCCGGCAGAGCGCCUGUCGCAUUUAAUGCUUGGGGCCCGAACGGCGAAUAUGCUCGCAUGACCAAGACACCAACACUCGCAUCGGGAAGCACCCGCACAGUGACGACUGCACACAGCGAGUCUGUGAGGGAGAACAGGAGUGGCUGGGCCAAGGUGCCGACCCGCAAGCACGCACCACAGCUGCCUAGCUACCUAAAGUCGGUGACGGGCGGCGCAGACAGCGGCCCAAGCCGCCGUUCGGGUUAG